AAAACUAUUUGAAUUAAUGUCUCUAUUAAUGAAUAAUUUAUUUUCAUGUCCUCUUUUCUUGCAUUCUCUCAUGUUUUCAUCAUGAGGUUCGAGGUGAUUCAUGUGGAGUGCAAUCAGCAGUUCAAGAUGUUCCUCUCCUCUGUUUCACUCACUUGUGAGAGUUGAGAGUCGGGCAGGGAGUCACUCAGCAGCGGUGGAGACGCGGAGCGGUAGCCCUGCCCUCACGCAUCUCCCUGGCGACGCCUAUUACAAAAGCUCCAGGCUUCCGGUGGAGCGGAGGACACCAGCUCGCUGCGACCCCCGGACCUCUCCGCCUCACACUCGAGCACAGGUGGAUCUGACACCGGAGCGCGCCAGCAGCGGCGCAUUUUGACUUCUCUCCAUCAGAUGGAGUAGGAUCACAUCCUCCGUCUCCUUCUCCUCUCUGUUAUCCUUUAAAUCCUUCUCCUCGGUAACGCACCACAAUGGAUAUGUACACCUCCGCUUUAUCGCCAGCGCUGGACAUCGGCACCGGUUGUUAUCUGCUGUUUUUAAAUCUCCCCCCGCUGCUUCUGUUGUUCAAGAGAAUGCCGUCCUGUUGUUUUGCCUUGAAGCAUUCUGAGAAUGUUCUGCAGGCUGCCAGACUUCACCUGACUUUCCGUCAGCACCAGGGAUGAGCAGCUGUUCUCUCCAUCGUGGGAAACCUGCUCGUCAUCAUCACGGCGGUCAAAAGGUCGUCCAAAAUGAAGCCGCCGGAGCUGCUGUGCGUGAACCUGGCGGUGACGGACCUGGGAGCGGCCGUGACCAUGUACCCUCUGGCCGUGGCCUCCGCCUGGAGCCACCGCUGGCUCGGGGGAGAUAUCACCUGUGUGUAUUACGGCCUGGUAGGGUUCUUCUUCGGCGUCGCCAGCAUCAUGAACCUGGUGGUCCUGGCCGUAGUGCGCUUCAUCGUGUCCAUCAAUCUGCAGUCUCCGAGUGAGAAAAUCAGCAUGAGUACGGUGAAGAAGCUGUGCCUGUGGAUCUGGUUCUACGCUCUGCUCUGGUCUCUGUGUCCCCUCCUGGGCUGGGGGAGGUACGGCCCCGAGCCCUUCGGCCUCUCCUGCUCUCUCGCCUGGGGCCAAAUGAAAACCGAGGGCUUCUCUUUCGUCAUCUCCAUGUUCUCCUUCAACCUCAUCAUCCCAACAGCCGUCAUCAUCGGCAGCUACUUCGGCAUCGCCAUCAACCUCUACUUCACCCACAAAAGGUCGCUGAAGAACAGCAACCGAGUGCCCAACAUCGUCAAGCUCCAUCGAAGGCUCUUGACAAUUGCCGUGCUCAUCAGCAUCGGCUUCAUUGGCUGCUGGGCGCCGUACGGCAUGGUGAGCCUCUGGUCUGUUCUCCAAGACAGCAGCACCAUCCCGCCCGAAGUCAGCCUCCUGCCGUGCAUGUUUGCAAAGAGCUCCACCGUGUACAAUCCCAUGAUCUACUACAUCUUCAGCCAGAACUUCAGAAAGGAGGUGGCGGCUGGCAGAUUUCCUCUACAACACCUUUCAGAUGGAGUUAGUGCGAGCGGUGCCAUCCUGUUACCAGGUUAUGCGCUAAGCCAGGUUUUUAAAUCAACAUGCAGGAGGGUCGACAAAACAGUCUCAGCUCAAGGUCCAGCGCCUCACUUGUCCCCGGAGCUUAGGACCAGAUCACACGGUCCUAAUUAGGAGGUUACCGCAGUCCUUUAAAACUUCAAAACUAACGUGAAUGAUAAUCCCCUUGGUUUCCCCCGUUGGCAAACUUGACAAACCCGGCCUGCUAAUGAGGCCCAUGCGAUGCAGCUGAAAGCGCCAGAAUAAACCAGAUGGUGGACCUUUUAGUUGGGCUUGUUUUGUCAACAGCCACGGAGCACAAAAGGCACAAAGAGAUACACUACCUCAUGCUUUGACAACACAUUCACCGCAUGCCAGUCAAUUAGCGCUUGCUGGUGUUAAUGGUAUUUAUGUAAGUGUCGUGCAGAUUUCACCCUCCCCCUCCCCGUGACAGUGCUCCAGCAACACAUCACACUGUUAUAUAUAUAUAUAUAUAUAUACAAAUGUAUGAUGAGAAUCGGGUCAGGAUGCACACUCUCACAUACAUCUCCUUCUGUCCUGCUGUACUCAGGGACGUUUUGUUUUCUUCUUAUUUAUUAACCUGAGUUCUACAGAAGCAGGAGCAGAGCGACCUGUAGCAGUUCCUCUUCUCACACCUCCUCCUCUCACCGAGCUCGACGGAGUGGAAGAUGUUGUCAGCGCUUUUAGUUUUUGCUUGGUCACGUGUUUGUUUUGCUUUUGUUUUUUUUGUUUUUUUUUUUCAUUACAGCGUGUAACUACUGUUGACAGUGCUGAAUUAUUUCAAAAAUGUGUAUGUAGAGCUAUGAACCAUGAGCAUAUUUUUGUGCACCGGUCACUGGUGGUCCUGUUUGAGAAUAAACACUGACUGAAUAC